CGGAGUGGCCUAUCUAUUGUGUUAGAGGGAGGCUGUACAUUCCCGGUUCGCGAGGAAAUUCAGUAACAGUUUGUGAAAAAUUGGGAAAUGAAGUCCUUGUAUUGGCUAAUUGGACUAGUAGCAGUUCUUCUGGUCAUUUCAACAGUAACAUGUGUCCCAGACAACGGUAUACGUCCGUAUCUGCUGUGGGCCGACCGAUCACAUAUCCGUUCAUUACAAAUAGACACGUUGCUGGAGCAGAUUGUUUUCGGGAACAUGUCCAAUGUAAUUGCAAUAGACUUCGACUAUCAUGAUGGCUACCUCUUCUGGACCGAUGUUAUCUCUAACCAGCUCUUUCGAAAAAUAGUGAAUGGCCCAGCAGUUGAUGAGAUGGUUAUUGUUUCCGACAUAAAGACCCCGGAAGGCAUUGCUGUGGACUGGCUUUAUAACCAUGUGUAUUGGGUAAAUUCUGCAGCUGAUCAAAUUGAGGUUGCGACCUAUGAUGGCAAAAUGCGUAGGAUUCUUGUCACAGAAGGAUUGGAUGCACCGCGUGCCAUUGUUGUUGAUCCAUUACAUGGAUGGAUGUUCUGGACCGACUGGGGAAAGAAGCCUAUGAUUUCUCGUUGUGGACUUAACGGAAAGCACCAGAGUGUUAUUGUUGAUGAAGGUCUGGCGUGGCCAAACGGUCUUACAUUGGAUUACGUAGAUCAGCGCCUGUAUUGGAUAGAUGCUAAGUUUGAUGCGAUCAAGUCUGUAGAUACAAAUGGUGGGUCUGGUUAUACAGUUCUUCAUGAUACCCAAAGUAUAUCUCAUCCAUUUGCCAUCACUUUGUUCGAGGAUAACCUAUACUGGACUGACUGGGGAACAAAUUCUAUCAACAAAGUGAACAAAUUAAGAGGUGACGGAUUCAAACGGGUCGCCGUUAGUCCUCUAAACCCAAUGGGCAUUCGGGUCUACCAUGAAAAUGUACAGAAAAACGGUAAGCUUCCACAGAAAGAUUUGUUAAUUAUAAGUCGACCUUCCCGUAGGGCAAGUGAGCUUAUGUCAUGGCACAGCGUCCGUCGUCUGUCGGUAGUUUCUUAGGAUUG